UUCCAACUACGAUGGAAGACUACGAGUUUUUCGAUCCGAUUAUGAAUUCGGAAAAAACCAAGAUUGACGGCUACUUACUUAGUUUGAUUUGUUGAAGACCGAAGUUCAGAAUUAGAGACACAUUUUCCGAACAAAAACUGAACUACAUCCACUCUGAAACUUGAAAUCGACACUUGAGCUCUCAAUGGCCAUGUCGCACCUGAAAAGCAUGAGCGUGCAGAAGGUGGGCUUGCGGAUUCGUAAUAUGGGCGGAAAGGAGCAUGUGCUCGCAGUCGAUCCUGAAAAAGUAAAGACGGUCGCGGACCUGUACAGCCCGGAGUUGCUGGAGUUGUUUUACGACGUUGAAAAGGAUUUGCUUCCGCCCGCGUCGCUCUUUAAGUGGCUUCUGGUGAGCGACGAUGAGGAUGACGCGAAAGGGGAAAAGGGCGCAGUGGAGAGCGACGAAGAGGCCGCCAGCACUCAUGGCGAAGAAUUGUUGCAGGCCGACGUGAACGACCGAGAGAGCCAGCACGAGAAAAAUACCGAAGGCAAAGACUCCGAAAACAGCAAAAAGGGCGACCAUCCAGGCGAGUUUUUGCCCGCAGAUGCUCCGCUCGAGCUUCAGAAUGCGAAAAUUUCCUACCAGUUUGCAGUAGUCCAGAGACAAUUUGGAGACCUGGAGCAAUUACCGGGGGAAGGGCGUGCUGAGUACAGGCGCCGCGUCUCGCGAAUUUUAUCGAUGUCGCUGAACUCUCCCGAGCGAGCACAGGAGUUCUUCUAUCAACAGUGCUACCUUUCCGUGCCGGAGGAUUCUCGCGCAAACAUUUUCGGAGAUACUGCAGCGCCGUUCAAAAUGUUUCCCCCUGACACUCCGUUGACCAAAAGAGUAAUUGAGAGAGCGACUCUUCUCGAAUGUGCUGCGCAGGCACUUUCAGCCGCGGACUGGUUAAAGCACGAAGCGCGCAGCUCUGGGCAGGCGUUUGCCGUCUCGUUCCGAGAGAGGUUUCCUUGGAGCGUCGUUCAGUUUGUUUACCAAUGGAGUGGCGCCAAGCAGAAGCAAUUGCAGCUUCUCGAACAGGCCCUGCGCAUCUACCCGGUCACAAGCGAGGACGUCUCAAAACUGAUUUCGCAAGCCAUAAGCAUCUGGAGGAAGGACGAGAGCGAAAGGAUUGCGGACCACGACGGGGAAACAGUAUUGAGUCUCUUCCAAGUCGGCUGUCUGAAAAUGUUUAUGGAACAUCUGGCCAGCCGUGACUCCAAAUCCAAAGCUGAAAUCUUGGAGCUUGCGCGACCUUUAGCGGAGGCCUUUCUCUUUCGCGACUUCGAGCGGUUUUGGCGGAAGGCAAUGCAACUCGAAGCCGAAGUGACGGUAGACGACCUCAUCGAUUCUGGUUGGGAGUACCCGGAAAACAACGGCUUUUAUCCGGACCUGACUGAAGCACCCCUACAAUACCUAUAUCGCACUCGGAAGCGGCUUGACAGGUCUUUCAACGGGUUCGCUAGAGAAAUCCGGGACGGUCUGAAGAGCGGUGUGGCGUUUUGGCGAAUGAUGCGAAAAUUCAUCAAGGAAUGGGAAAGUCCCAUGGGUGAAAUACAGCCCUCGAAGAUGCUCAAGAAAUUUCAGGAUGCUGCACGGUGCGAAACCAGAGCAUCACUGUUUCAACAUCUAGGGCUUGAUGACAGUUUCUAUAACGAGAUAAGCAGCAAGGUAAACCGCAAAGUCUUCAAGCAAAAAUUUUCUGAAGCUUUCAAUUGUGAAGCUGCUUGGGUGCCGGACCGUACAGAUUUCACCAAUCUAUUUACCGACAAAACAAGCGAUGAAGAGGAUGCAAGCGAUGAAGAGGAUGCAAGCGAUGAAGAGGAUGCAAGCGAUGAAGAGGAUGCAAGCGAUGAAGAGGAUGCAAGCGAUGAAGAGGAGGCAGGCGAUGAGAAAGAGGUGGGCAGCGCUGGUGGAGAGCAGGAAAGCGAAAGCGACGCUGGUGACGUGUAUGCGAAUGUCCCAGUCGUUGAUGAGGCCUGAGCGCAACCGCACCUUUACGCUUCUUGGAAAGCCGCGCAACGUCGCGCCACCCUCAGGCGCAGUUGAAGCGGAGAACAAGUCUUACGAUGGGUUGGUGUCUUGCUGCAGGCGACGCUAGCAAGUGUGUCUGUGGGACUGGCAGACGAAAUUCGCUAAUUGCGAAAGGCUCGCUAUUUCUAUUGCGGAUGUUGCGACUCAUCGUCAAAGAAUGGAAAGUAUUUGCAAUUUCACUGCAGCUUUUAUAUCCAUCCUUUAAGACCCAUUGAUAAAGAUGAAACUACACUCGAUUUUUAGAGCAUUCUAUUCUCAUUUGCGCGAAACUGACAAGAUACUGCUUUUGCUGCUUGUGUCGCAU